AGCGUACAGAAGAGCGAGAGCAGCAGAGAGGUCAUUCGCCCACCACUUCACAUCAUCUGGAACCAUCAGAACCGACUCUGCACAGACAUGUUGACUGUGUUGGUUUUAGUUACGCUGCUGAUGGUCUCUGUUGAAUCAGACUCGUCGAGUACAGAAGAGUGGAAAUCCCUCAGCAACCCGAAAAGCAGAACACUGUUUUUCCAGAUGCUGCAGUCAUAUCUGGACGGUCGGGAGGCUCAGGGUGGGAGCAGAAGGAUGAACAUGAAGGAGGACCGGAACAGCAAGAUGGUGAACGCUGCGUUCGACAGAUACAGCAACUUCCUCCACAACAGCAUUUUGGACAUUUAGCUCAGAGUGAAAUGCUGUAACUGCCCCAUGUGACGUGUAAUCAGUGUAAUGACUGUUUGUUUCACGCAGUAAAUCGUGGCAUAAUCAGG